AUGUUGCAUAGCGAAGCUGGGGUCGAAAACCGACCUCAAAAGGCACCUGUUCCGUACAUAAGCCUGGACAAUUUCGAAGAUAGUGAAUUUGAAAACGCGAAAUACAUACUCACUAGCCCAAAAUCUCUGGAAGCAUGUAACCGACUAAGUAUAAAAGUAUAUUUAUUUUAUAUUUCAUCUUUUGUCCCUCCAGCCGAUUGAACUAAUUUAUAAAAAUUUAUCUUCGUUCCAAAUCCUCCAUUCUAAAUCAUCCGUUGCUGAAAUAAAUCGACUGUAUUUGCAGAAUGAGGAUGCACGCCGAAGUAUGAAUUUAUUUAAUAACAAUUCUCAGAUAAGCUUAGAUUAUGUCGGGAUCUUCGGAAUGCCCUUAUAGCCGAAGAAGUCCGCUCUUCAAAGCCAUUCAGCACGCUGGAGGUUGUGGGCAAAUCUGUGUUUAGUGACACCCAACCAUGCAGUCCCAAACCCCCGCAAGGGUGCGUGCAAUUUUUACCUAUUCCCUGCCAGCACUAGCCCUCUCAUAGCCCGGCCUCACGAGCGGGCUAUGACGGGGUACGAGGGCAUGGCAAUUGUCAUGAUCACAUCCAUAUUUUGAGUUUACCCAUUUUCAACAAUGCAACAGCAACAAAGGUGUGGCGAUAUUUCCCCUAUACAUUUUUCAUACGAUGGGACACUUUUAGAUAACGAUAAUUAUCUUUUAUGAUCUAUCAUUAGAGAUAAUCGAUAAUCUUUCGACAGUUUUAGAUAGCUAUGAUCAUUGCUAUCCAAAACUGUCCCACCAAGCGAAAAUUGCUCGGAUGCAAAUGCUGACCUGAUCAGGUCCUGGGGGUUAGUUUGAGCUACGUGAAGCUGGUGCUGGCAGAAAACUAUUAGGAGAUGCCAUGUUCAUAUCAUUCAGCACAACCGGUUCUUACACGUUUUAUGAUCGGGAAUACCCCGCUUUUAAAUUACGGGGAUAUUUUGAUCCCGUGAAUUUACCGGCCAAGACUAGAAUGUGAAGAACGCUCAAGACAUGCUUUUUGCAACCCAUCUGCGAUUUUCAUGUGACGGUUUGCUGAAUUCGUUCCAAAUGGGACUUUUUGACUGACCCCGAGUUUUUCUGCUGCGAGGAUUUUUACACAGUUUAAAAUCCCGGGUAAAUAUUUAGUCUUCUGUCUCUAACUGUUUAAACAAAGUGUUAUACAUGACUAAAAAGUAUGUUUCUCUUCUAGUCGUCACAUCAGGAGUCAGUACGAGAUAAAAGAGAGACACACAGGGCUAGUCAGAUAAUAUUGCACCAAGGGAAGUCGGAGCAUUCCCACCGACGACAGGCAAGUUUACUGUCGUCCGUGGUCUGUUACUGACAAAAACAGCGGAUACUGAAAUCGUCCCCCGUCUCUCAUGUGCCAUCAUCAGCCAGCCAUACACAGAACUCAGGCCAGAAAGAUUAAAGCUCCCUGGUCAUCGUGUAGCAAGUGAAACUGUUCAGCACUGAGCCACGGAACUAUUAAAGGUCACAUGUGACUGGUGUUCAUUGGUCUAUAUGGAUUGCAGAACGGAAUGCCGGGACUUCAUUUUUUCUCUAGAUAUUCAAUCUAGGCGACUUGCAAUUAAAUAUCUGACUAAUAGAGAAGCACUACCCCCAAAGCGAUGAAUCUAACCGCCCAGCUGAUUAGAAAUUAGCCCUGACUGUCAGGCUGAUUCCGAAAUGCCUGACUUCCUGAUUUUCUUUCAUUCGACCUCAUUCCACUUAAUCCUGGCACAUACGUUUUUCAAAAUAGCAUUUUUUGGAUUUGACCUACGUACCCAGACAUAUGGAUUUUUCCGCAUGCGAGUGCCGUACUGAUUUUAAAACCAACGGAUGCUGAAUAAGUUUUUCUUAUAGCUAGACAGCAUACGUACUAAUAAGGCAGGUGGACGAUAGGUCUGACCACCGCUUGUUAACUGGCACACGUUAGUUUCUAGGAUACAUCUCGGCCAGCAUUUUUCCACUUAAGGUCUUUUUAAAGCCGAGUACCUGUUUUGGCCGCGUGCAUCUACAUGCUUAAUUUAAUUUCUUAGCAAAAGGCAACCAAAGAGCACGUGAGCAUGUGCAUCACGAAAAACUUUUGUUUUACGGAAACAGUGCCUAGGCAGAUGAGUUAGGAUUUCAUUAGCUCAGAUCUAAUGCUUUUUAUUGAAUUUUAGCUCUCAAAGCGUUCCUCUUCGGCCUAAGAAUUCUCUAAAUCGGCCUCAGGUACCUUCCCCAUAAUGUGUGCUACACACUUUUUUCAGAAAUUUCUCGGAAUCUGCAAGUUAGCUAAGGAAUGCUUCUUGCGUUUAGGUACUGCCUUUGCCUUUCGAUAAUGAUUAAGAGAGUUGCCUCCUUUUAAAAUGUACAAGUGCUUUUGGAAACCUACUCCUGCAAUCGAAGCCGUUGUACACAUAUCUAUAGGUCAUGUUUAAAAUAUACUUCUUGUAGUUGCUGACUAUGAGCCAUGCUGACGGUUAAUUUUCGUUGUUAUCAUAAAGAGAUGCCAGUUAUGCUUACAAAACACUGCUCAUUUCAUAAAAAGUAAUUAAUUCGCAUCGCGCAGUGCGUUCCUCCUACUUUGAGUGCUGACGUUCUGACUUUCUUAUAAUAUCAUAAAAUCCGGCCGUGGAAAAUAAAUAGUCAUUCAUAUCUUUGUCACCCAGUAUAAUUUUCGACUAUGAGCAGGACCGCUGAUAGUUGUUUACCGUUGUUUUUAUUUCCUCUCAGUUCUUUCGGAAUUCUAAUAGCAGAAUUGAGUUAUAAAAGCUCGAGAUUAACCUAGGUGGAGCGACCGGUGGUACAUCUUGUUCAAUAGCUGCUUUCUGGUUUGCAUUCUCCGCAGAGCUAAACUGCAUACGUCUGGCGAUUCAUCCAUGCAGAAACAUGAAACAUGGUGAGCUUCACGUGGUCCAGGGUUCCGUCGAAGCAACUUUCAUUGAUCAGGAGAAGAACCGAUCGCUGAAACGAGGGCUUUAACCACCUGACGUUUCGGAGUCUCACUUAAACCCAUCAUCAGAGAGAGUGGCAGAAAAGGGUGAGUCGUGCACAGGAAGUUGCAGUAUUUAUAGGAUGCAGUCGCUAUGCUACCGCAUACCUAUAGUAAUAAACCGCGCUUACCUUCAUCAAGGAUUGUUGCCCGCUGGUGCGCUAAUUGCUUGAUGGCCGGCAUGCAAGUUGUUAAUUGCUGAAAUCUCAUCACCCGUGUUGGAUGCUGGAGUGAUGAUUGCUCGGCCAUCUGGCUCACCGGCUUGCGCACUCCCCGAGUGGUCAACUACUUUGGCCAGCCUAUGCCUCAGCACGGAAUAUGGAGUGGGGAUGUUGUUGCACUCGCUGAUAGACUAAGGUUUCGUGAACCAUGACUCAAACAGCUCUCGGCUCACGCGAUUAUCCCCUCUCGCGAGAAUUUCGGCCUCAUCGAACUUGAAUGUGUGGCCGGGUCUCGUCUAGUGGGCCGCGACCUGAGAGUUGGCGUCAUUUCUCCGUACCGCUGCCGCGUGUUCGGCAAUUCGCGUCGGGAGUAGUCUUCCAGUUUCUCCGACGUAGUUGCUUUGUCCGCAGCUGCACCAGAUCCGGUAAACGACUGCAGAUGGUUCUUGCCGUGGCCGUGGGUCUUUUGGUCUCAUCACCUGACGCCUUAUAACGGCCUCCAUAUUCCUUGCUGAGGCAUAGGCUGGCCAAAGUAGUUGAUCACUCGGGGAGUGCGCAAGCCGGUGAGCCAGAUGGCCGAGCAAUCAUCGCUCCAGCAUCCAACACGGGUGAUAAGAUUUCAGCAAUUAACAACUUGCGUGCCGGCCAUCAAGCAAUUAGCGCACCAGCGGGCAACAAUCCUUGAUGAAGGUAAGCGCGGUUUAUUACUAUAGGUAUGCGGUAGCAUAGCGACUGCAUCCUAUAAAUACUGCAACUUCCUGUGCACGGCUCACCCUUUUCUGCCACUCUCUCUGAUGAUGGGUUCAAGUGAGAAUCCGAAACGUUAGGCGAAUAAAACCCUUGUUUCAGCGAUCGCUUCUUCUUCUUCUGAUCAACUAGUUCCUAGAACUCGCAUCUUCGCUUGUAUCGGCAACUUUCAUUAUGUACUCUCUUUGCAUGCUUAGCUUCUCCACAGCCCCGAACGGAAAUCGAAUAUCAGAGAAAGCAAUACGGGAUGUCCAGCCCUUUAACGAUAAACAUUUGGGUUUAUUAUUUCUCUCAUCCCGGGGCUGGCUUCCGUCCCUCACAUUGUACAUUCAGUUCACUAGCAUUCACACGCAUUUCAUCCACUUUCGCAAGUUCAUUCGCCAUAGGCUAGUUCAAGUUAUACAAUUCGUAUGGGCAUUUGUAGUAGAAGUAAUUUCCUUGACUCACUUACAGGCAGUUGCUAGUAUUAUGACAUAGUUUGAAUGAGAAACCUUUGGCAGAAUGAGUCCACUCGAAACACCCAUAAUUUUAUGUACGCAAUAGUAAUCGUGCAUCCACGCUUCACAUUGUUAUAUCUCAAUAUCCACUACCUCAAUAUUCUGCGUUCCUCGUCGAAUUCUAGCAUAAAAUAGUAGAACCGUUUGAAUAUUUCGAUGCGGCUUGUAUUUGGUGAGUUUAUAUACUAGUGAAUAUGGUUUUAUGUCUUACCCUUUGCUCAGACAAAUCGACAAUUUUCUUUACCCUGCUUACGCCCGUUUUAUGCAUUUCAUUUCAUCUUUCUGCCCAUAUAUGCUUCCUGAUAAGUAACCGGUAUGUCAGAAUUUUUAUAAACCCUGUUCGAUUAACGUUUGUGGACGGAAUAGUUUGACGCGAUAUAUUGGACAUUUUGCCCAGUAUGCUGCCGAAUGUGAGGUGUUUUACUUUUUUCCUGUAGACCGCCCAAGAAUUAUUAGCAAAUAGAACGCUUACAGACACAAGCCGCUGCCACACUACAAAUCCAUCGGCCAUAUAUCAGCGCGAAUGGCAAAACGGCACCAGGCCAAACAAUGUGAGCUGCUUCUACGCCCCUUUGUUAUAUUUAUAUAUUAUAUUAGGUUUUGCUGUCUAUACCUUUCACUUUUGUCAAAUAAGAUGUCAGGAGUUUGCCCUUGCUAAGGGUGCAAUUGUGUUCGACUAGAUAGAUUCGAAGGGAUAUGUUUAGCUACCAUGAACUUAACUUAAUUUUUAUCCAUAUAUUAUUACUUUAUGGGAUCGGCGGUCCUUUUUUCAUAGCAUUAAUGAUGCAUGUUUAAUGUGCCUCCCAUUUUGGGCCUAUUUUUCUUUAUGCUUUCGUGUAUUCCGAAAUUGAAAAUCAGGUUUUUCCAGAUAGAAAAUUUCUUGCCAUUUCCUUUCCAUUCUUAAAGUUAAAAAGUCACGUUCAGACUCUAACUUUCAAACAAUCCGUCCAGAUCGGUGAAUGGCUUCUUACAUGACGCUCCAUAUUUCUUAUGGCAGCCGACGGAGUGCGACCCCGUGACUUGGAUGCAAUGAUUCUGACUAGACUCACUUCAAAACCCGGUAUGACGUAGAAAUAGGAAUCCCCCGAACACAGUUGGUCUUGCGCUAAAUCCCAAGACGGGAGCUAUUUCCGUGUCUUACCCCUAACUCUAACCCCUAACUUAAUCCUAACCCUGAUUCCCCUGGAAUUUAACAUAAGUCCAUUUGUAUUAGGGACGUUCCUUAUUCUGUGUGCUACCCAAAACUCAUUUCUUUCUGACCCGAGCUAUGCUUUUCUCCAAACAGUGGAUAAGCCAUAAGUUUACUUACCAACCCCCCCCCCUUUCGUUGCAUGCAAACCUUUUAGCCUUCAUGGGAAUUUCGCAUGCCGUUUGUAUGUACCAUCAAAAUUAUGCUAGCUGACGGCUAGUGUAACACUCUCUCUAUGUGUUACUUCAAAACUUGAAACUUAUUAUUUGGACAGAACCUAAGAACUGUCUCUGAAUAACUCUCCUGUCGUCCUGGCGACGCUAAAGGUGGACUGUUGCGACCCAUUGUUUCGUUAGCUGCCCAUAUCUGCACACAAUCGCUCCUUCUUUCUUGGUAGUUGGGGCGAAAACUGGAGCUAUAUAAACAUCCUUGCCCUCAUCAACAUAGAUUAGAAUUUUUGCGCUCACGGUGCGCGCCUUUGUUCGUUGACUGUAUAAGUCAGUCGGACGUUCACUAUUUUGAACAUGAAUCAAAACGCAUUCAACCCUGUGGAACAAGAAUAUUGGGUUUGGAACUGUGUCUACUUUUGGGAUUUUUU